UCUUCUGUCGCGUGUGAGGUGGCUUUGUGCUCUCGCGAUCGCGAAUAAGCUGUAAAGCACUUUACAGAGCCCCAAUUGUCUUCAAACGGCUGAGCCUUAGUUCGGUAAUUAAUAUAGUUCACCAAACGCACAGGAAUAUACUAGACGGGUGCAAAAAACAAAAUUUUUCUUAACGCAAAACUCGCUGACAGCGCGUUCAGGAGAAAAAGGUGCAUAAUUACUUUACAAGGCUUGUGUGUGUGCUUGCUUUGCGAGAUAAAAAAGGAGAAAAUAUAAUCUGCUGGGCAGAGAUAGAAGACGACAAGGUUCGAAUUCAUAAUCAGAGGAAAAGAGAAGUAACGUGUCAACAGCUGACAGUUGUGGAGCAAACGUCAAGCUAGUUGAGAAGACGCUAUUGAAAGAGACAAACCAAAACAAACACCGCCGAAGAGCGGCUACUAGACACAUAUACACUAGCAACUCCCGUUAGACCGAGCAUCAGAGUACACGAUAGUACAUACAUUCAUUCAUCGAGAAACCCAUUGAUAGCGGUAUCGCAAAGGUGUGCGUGAAGAUAGAAAACAUACCGUGCUGCCAGGUUUGCGAGGGCCUACAACGUGCAUUGCCAAUAACUCAACAGAAGCCUAGAUACAACCACAACGGUAUCUAGGAGUUUUGAUUAAUAGCACCCAGUUACAUCAAACCUACAAGCUCUAAGAACCAGGCCAACUUUUUUGCGAGUCAGAAGGAAUUUAAGACCUGUGGUGCCAUCUACAGGAUAUCCGACGAAGACAAUGAGCAGCCGGGACACCAUUAGUUUGGCCAAACUAAAAGGCCAAAAGUGGAAAUGUUUCGCGGAACUUUCAAGCAAGCUAACCGGAUUGAACUCCGACGAUGAAGACGUUCCGAUAAGUGAGCUGACAGCUGAGCAUCGGAAAUCCUUAAAGGGUCAUGGGGGGCACCACAAAAACUCUAGCAAACAUUUCUCGACCUCAAUUGCAUCGUCUUCGUUAUCGCUUACAGCGAGCGCGGGCAGUAACUCCGCUCGAAGCGGAGUCCCCGGUCGUCACAAGAGUAGUGUGAUGAGACUGGAUAAGUCUGAUAUGGGCCUUUACGGACUGUGUCCCGAGACCGAUCUGUUCUAUGCCGUAAUCUGUGAUAUUUGUGGCAGCGUGGUUAAACCGCAGGGCCUUCAAAAGCACAUGAGUAACCGUCACCAUUCCUACUACAGUCAUGCUUCGAAGAGCUUGUCUUCGACUGUGCCAGUAUCCUACAACAGUCGAGAUCACCAUACGCAUGGUGAGAACAUACAAAGAACCGCUACCAAUUCUAGCGAUUCCAGUAGAUCAGAGAAGUCUCAUCAGUCGUCUAGCGGUACUUCCAAACACGAAGAUUUGGACAACACGCCAUUGAAAGCUCGUAGCAGUAAUCCAAGUUCUAAGGUCAAAAGCAAAAAUGGCAAGAGUGUAUCUUCAUCAUACAGUUCCUCGCACCACAACGGAAAAUCGUCCAGUUCGAGUGGUAGCAGUUCCAAAACGUCCACACAUGAGUCUAACCCACCGACUGAAUCUAGCAACACAGUUCCCAGUUCCCGGGAUCAACAACAAAAACACGAAUCUGCUUCCUCUCAUUCGACCACACUUAGUGGCGUACUAGACAAGAAAACAUCAUUCUCUUCUACCUCAUCCGGUGUGAGCAGUGACAGUCCUUCUUUUCACAACAUUAACAACAUGUCGCCUUCGGGAAAGGGGGGAAAGCGGAGCAGCUCGAAGCUUGCAUCAUCCGCUUCUUCUUCAUCGUCAUCCUCAUCUUCUUCAUCAUCUUCGUCAUCAUCGUCGUCCAGUACGACCAGUGGCAAUGGCGGUAGUAGCAGCAGCAGCAGUAGUAGUAGCAGUAGUAGCACUUCUAUCCCUGCCAGUAGCAAACUGCAGUCUUCCAGCGAUAGGAAAAGCGACCGGCGGGAAUAUGACCCGGAUAGGCAUUGUGGUGUGAUGUCUAGCGACGGUAAGCGUCGCUGUACGCGCACACUCAGCUGCAAAACUCAUUCCAUUUCGAUGAGAAGAGCGGUUCAAGGAAGAAGCAAGAACUUUGAGAAAAUACUGGCAGAACAAAAGACAAAGGCUGGCAAAGACGAGAGUUACGUCGAUGCGGAAUCAUCCAGUAACUCAUCAUCAGGCUUUGACGCGGAUCGUGGACGAAACGCAGUUAUAGCUACCGGAGACGAAUUCACUACGUUGUCGGAAGCCGCUCAUCUUCCCUUCACACCUGAGAAAUCUAGUCCACGUAAUGAAAGUGCCCCGUCAACUCCCGGCAACCUUAAGGCGCCCAGCAGCUCAAAUUUGGUGUCCUCUCCGGCUUCGACAAAAUCAUCUGAAUCGAAGAACGAGCGAUCAAAACACAAGCAAAGAUCCUCCAAUCAAUCGAAGGGUAUCAACUAUCAAUCAGAACAACUGCAAUCUUCGGCGCCAUCACUUUCGAGUUCUGAUCUAAAACCUAGCAUACAGUCGCGCGGCAAGUCCCAGAGGGAACAACAUAUUACCAUUCCAGUAGCGGCGGAACUCCUAGCACAGCAUUUUGUUGAAGAGAAUCCUAAUACAGUCCUUUCCGAUGCAACCAUCGUUAUGGACCCUAGUACAAACCUACUGAAGCUUUCCGUGUCUGGAACGUUGCAUCCUACAAGUGAAAAUGAAACGCCGGAAGAAUCCAUUCAGCAAUUUACCGCAAAUCUGAUGCAAGAACAAUUGACCGUGACUGUUCCACUAUCUGUGAUAUCUUCCAUGAAUAUUUCCGGAACUACUCUGGUCAACGUGAAUGCCGGUAGCGACGAUCCUGCUGCAACUACUACCACGGCAACACUCGACGGAGGAGCAACCGUCACGAUGCACGCAGGUGAUAUCACAACUGCGGAUGGUUCCACAGAAGAGGCAGACUUAACAAGAACUGGGCAAUUUAUUCCGGCAGAGCUGAUCAACCAAAUUCCGCUGGUGCAAACUGCAGACGGCACUGAACUCCAUGAUCCGAAUCAAUACAUAACCGCAACAGCGGGGCAAGAAUUGAGUGAACAUGCACUGAUUUCGAACUACAACGAUCAAAUUAAUUAUACGAUUCAAACACUGGCACAAAAUCUACAGAACGCUGAACAUAUUACUGACCAGGCCUUACAAACUGAUUUAGCGGAGAGUAUCGAUGAUAUCGUUCCGACCAUCAAUUUGCUUCCGGCUGCCGCCAAUCCUUUGGUAUUGCCUCAGCUGCAAGCAGACUUGGCUGAUUCAAUAAUUCUAACUCCCACUCAGCUUUCGUCGAUUUCUCAAUCUCUGGUCGAUCAACAUUUUAUCGAGAAUGUGGCACUUAAAUCCGAUCUCGAUUUGCUAACCGUCAACACACCUGUGGAUAUAUCCAAACUAAAUCUGUUGCGAAAUGUCGACGAUGAGUUCAUAAAAGAGCGCCAGCAGCAGCAGCAGGCUAACCUUUUAUAUCAAGCCCAGAUUGAUGAAUUUCGCGGAGUUAAGAUGUGGUACAGCAACUUACCAAAGCCACUGCAUGUGAAUAACUUCCAGCUGCGUAAGCUCGGUGGGGGCUUUGUCAUGAAUCGAAAAUUAUUGAACAUACGCAAAAAUCUUGUGAGCGAAUCAAACAAUCUAGCCAAAUCACUAAAUUCACAGUUAUCGCCGAUUGGCGGACCUCGAAGUGCGUUAAAUUUCAACAGUUCAAGUGCACGUUCCGGUGACCUACUAUCUCCCAUUUCCGGAAUGAGCAAAAGCAAGGACACAAAUAAUGGCCUCGGACUCUCGAGUUCUCCAGUUGGUAACCGCUCCGGUUAUGUUAAUCGUGGCCAACGACGACUGAUACUGCCACAGGCUUCGGUCAAGAAACAAACUGAAAAGACUUCUUGUUUGCUAAGUAACGCGUACUUUAAGAACCUCAUAUGCUCAAUGCAACAGCAGCAGCAACACUCCGGUAGCCACCACUCAACUGGCGGUAUCGGACCGGCUUCUUCCAGCCUUAAGCGACCCGCUUCAUCGCUAACUUCGCUGUCCAACAAGCGACUCAAAAUAAUCAACAAUCUACAGAAUUCUACCGCCCCACCGCAAAUGUUGCUACAGGGCAGCGGAAAAGUGAAGCCAAAAGUAUUAUAAUUAGUGAUAAGGAUCUACAAUCUCGACGGCUUCGAAGGCGACACCGACGACAGCGAGUAGAGAAAAGAUCCGGAAGCAUUCACUCACUGACACACUUCUGUAGACGCUUAGAUCCCCUUCGCAAAAACCAUAGGUUGCCGCUGCUGCUACUGCUUUAGAAGCUGAUGCGCUUACAGCGUUCCUCCGGUCUCCGCUGUUCUGGCCGAUGGGCGUAAAAAAAGGGAAUUAAAAGGACUGAAAAAUAGUAAUGUUUGUCUUUACGUAUUAUACAUAUGUAUAAAUAAUCAGGAUUAUAUUGAACCAAACUGCAGUAGAUGUAUUGUCACUUCAGGGACGUUCUUGGGAUCGUUUUUGAUUCAGUCGAAUGUAUCUUUUUAAAUCUUUGUUGUAUCAUUUGUAAAAUUUAUAGCAUGUGCCAGGCAAAGCACAUUUAUCUAUGACUUUGUUUUUGACAGAAAAGUAGAAUUAUGAUAUCGGAAAACUAUAAUUUUUAAACCCAAAUGUAACAUUGACUUUGUAUUUAUUUGCUGUUUGUGUGCAAGUUUGAUAAGAAAGGUCCCUCAUUCAAACGUCCCUUGCAACUACAUAGAUGUACUGCUCGUUACGCUUGUUUGUGAGCAGUUCCCUUAAAUAUCUUUAAAACUGUAAUCAAUAUAAUCUAAUUGUAUAUUUUAUGGUAUCGAGUACAAGAAGGCUAAAAGUCGAAUAAAAAAGUAUGUAGGAUGAACAAAGAAGCUCUCGUAGUAGAAAACGAAGAAAACGGCUAAACAUGUUCAUCAUUUCGGUCGAUUACUAAACGAGUGUACUACUGUCGUUCACGUUAUAGAAUUAUCUACUCACAAAAUUGCUGACAAGACUUAAACUAUGUACGACAAAGAAAUCAAGCUGAAAAUUUUUGUCUCUUUUUGUAAUGAGUCCAAAUACAGA